AUCAUGUCCCGCCAGUUCCGCCAACUCCGACACCUCUCAUCAGGGUCACACUCCCUCUUCAAACAACAUCAACUCCCAGCAGCCUACUACCGCGGCGGAACAUCCCGCGCCGUCUUCUUCAAGCAAGACGACCUCCCCGCAGAGCGCAGCAAAUGGGACCCCAUCUUCCGCGGCGUCAUCGGGAGCCCCGACCCCUACGGCCGCCAACUUGAUGGCCUUGGCGGCGGAAUCUCCAGUCUAUCCAAGAUCUGCGUCGUGGGUAAACCCACCCACCCCGACGCAGACAUCGACUACACAUUUGUCUCUCUGGGAGUGAAGACCCCUGACGUGGAUUACUCCAGCAACUGCGGAAACAUGAUCAGUGCUGUUGGUCCGUUUGCCGUUGACUACGGGCUGGUUUCUCCUGGCCCGGACUCUGCCUGUGUGCGCAUUCAUAACACCAAUACCGGGAAGAUCAUCCAUGCGAGCUUUCCCGUUCUUGAUGGGGAGGCUGCGUCGUCGGGGGAUUUUGCUAUCGAUGGAGUCGCGGGGACAGCUGCCCCAGUGCAAUUGGAUUUUGUGGAUCCGGCGGGGUCGAGGACGGGGAAGUUGCUUCCUACGGGGAAUGUGAGGGAUAUGUUGGGUGGAGUUGAGGCGAGUUGUAUCGAUGUGGCCAAUCCGUGUGUUUUCGUACGUGCGGAGGAUCUAGGUGUCGAGGGGAAUCUCACGCCGGAUGAGAUUACUGCUCAUCCGGGGCUACUUGAUCGGCUGGAUUCCAUUCGUCGACAGGCGGGUGUGAAGAUGGGGUUGGCUGAUUCACUGGAAAAGGUCCCCGGCAGUGUGCCCAAGAUCUGUCUGGUGUCGGCACCGGAGAGGAAUGCUCGGGCGGCGGAGCAGGGCCAGACUGCGGAUCAGGUGGAUCUGCUCGUGCGGGCCCUUUCUGUUGGGCAGCCGCACAAGGCAGUGCCGAUAACGGUUGCGCUGGCCAUAGCUGCAGCAGCGAGGGUGCCGGGCAGUACGGUUGCUCGGGAGGUUAAUGAGAAGAUGAUCGACGAGGCGGGGAUUACGCUGGGACAUGCGAGUGGGAAUUUGCUGGUGGGAGCGACCUUUGAUGGGGAUGGGAUAUUGAAGUUUGCGACGGUGUUUCGGACAGCCAGGAGGUUGUUUGAGGGGAGGAUUUUUUGGAAGGGUGAUUAGCAUUUGUUGGACUCGGUGGCAUUGACCCAGAUCAGCACUGAAUACGAUGUGACUGUGCAGCACAUGAUGGAUUAAUCUAUCUGGGGUUUAGACAGGUGGAGAUUUGAACAUGACAGGGUGUAAGCUGACAUGGAGAUG